AACACACCAUCUUAUAGUACUCUGCGGAUACUAAACACCAAACUUGAAAAUACGGAGCUUCCUCCUUCAGAAUUUACCACGGCACUGGGGAGAGAAAGGCAACCAUGAAACGCAAGCUGCUGUUGAAGCAGCUUCUCCUUCCCUUUCUACUUUCACGUCUCACAGUUUCAGAUGCACAGGCCCCCAGCAUCACUAUGGUAACGCCUAAAACAGGGAGUGUGAAUGGGGCAACAAGGCUUACAAUUGCAGGACAAGGAUUUGCCGAUGCGAACCAGUUUAACUUUGGAGCAGGCAACGAUAACCUCGGCAACAGUGUUCAGUUAGUCUCUGAUACCAGGUCCAUUCCUUGCGAUGUGGAAAAGGACUCCAGUCACAAAACCCAGAUCAUUUGUUAUACCAGACCAAUGCCUGAAGAUAAUUAUGUUGUCCAAGUCAGUGUGGAUGGAGUACUAAUUCCUGACAGUAACAUCUGUUAUGGUUCCUUUUAUUCAUACUGGUGCAGUUUUUAUCCCAGGAGCUACAGGACUCCCAUGAUCUCCAGCAUUACACCAUUGACAGGCUUGCCAGGCACGCUGGUCACCAUACGGGGGCUCAUCUUCACUGAUGUCUAUGGGAGCAAUACUGACAAGAGCUCCAAUGGCCUGGAUGCCAGGAUUGUCAGAGUUUAUGUUGGGGGAAUGCCUUGUGAACUUCUCCAGCCUAACUCUGACACUCGAUAUGGCCUUGCCUUAGACUACGAAUAUAGCGUCUGGGGAUCGAUGACUUGCAAAAUUACAGGAACAUACGUGGGGCACCAGAAUGUGAGUUUCAUUGUUGACAGUGAAUAUGGGAGGAGCUUACCCUACUUGUCAAACUACAUCGUUUCAUCUUUAAACCAGCUCUCUAUGUUUCAAAGCUAUGCGGAGGUUGGUGGAGUUUCUCCUUCUGAGGGGAGUCUGCAGGGAGGCACCAUAUUAACCAUAAAUGGGCACUACUUUGAUGAGACUGACCGUCCAGCACAAGUUCUUGUUGGAGGUCAGAAAUGCCCGAUCCUGUCGUUAUCUGAUGGACAAAUCACUUGCCAAAGCCCCGUGUUUACGCCGACGAACAUGACAUUGUUUCCUGGAGGGAGAGGGCUGAAGUUGGAGAUCUGGAACAAUAGUAGACCCAGUACACUGGACGAGGCCCUGAAAUACAAUGAAACCUGGCCAGGCUACUCUGUCAGAUGGGUGGACUCUAUGUCAUACACCUGGCCUGUGGAGUGGGACUAUUUUGUAGCCCGAUUCAGUGGCUUCAUAGUCCCAACAGAGACCGACAAUUACAGGUUCUAUAUUAGAGGAGACGACCGCUACGCACUGUACUUCAGCAAAACUGGAAGCCCCAGAGACAAGGUAAAGAUCGCAUACAGGAAUUAUGUUAGUUGGGACUUUUUCACAGACUACACACAGCGCUCUGACAUUCUUCAUCUGGAGGAAGGCAAAGUGUACUACAUUGAAGUAUGGCUUCAGGAAUACGGAGUGCAAGCCUUCGUAGAUGUUGGCUUCUUCAAAGGAAAGAGCUCCUUCACUAAUCAGCAAACUACCGAAGGCAUCCAAGAAGUCCAAAUCAUCUAUACUCAAUACAACAUUUUACAAGAAAAACAGGUCCUGAGAUUUGAGAACUGGACAAAAGGAAAUCCAGUAAAUGAAGUUCAGAAGGUCACAGUUACAAGUGGGUGCUACAGCUUAGGAAACUGUGACAACACAUACUACAGCCUUAUCUGCAGUUCUCAGGGAACAGCAUUGAUUCCAGUAAGUGCUUCAGCUGAAGAGGUUCAGAGAGCUUUAAAUGCUCUUUGGUCUAUUAAGCCAGAUUUGGUUCAAGUGACCAAGGUGGACAUCAGUCAAGGAUCUGAGUACACAGUGAACUUCAUGUCCCGCAGAGGUGACUUUGAAAGCCUUCAGUAUGUCACUUUUGGAGGUGACGUGAACAUUACUGUCGAGGAAGUCACUAAAGGGAGGCCAAGCCUUGAAACGUUCACAUUAGAGUGGGACACAGCCUUGUCCACACCUGUCGCUUUCAAUGCAUCUGGUGUUGAGGUGCAAAAAGCUAUUGAAGGCUUGGUCAGUGCACAGUGCCCAGAUGAGAUUCUCCGCAGUGAGAGCAAUUUGGUAAAGUACUUCAGGGAUUAUGAAAAUGAUCAGACUGGGUUCACAGGUUAUUCAAGGGGAACACGUGUACCAGACACAGAAGCCUUCUGUGGAAGAUUCUCACUUAUGAAUCCACAAUAUCUGUUCCUGUCAUCAGACUUCCAGGUCUCUGGAAAUACCUACGGAGCGAUUCCACUGCAGCAGUACAGAAUGUUCUGCUUCGCAUAUAAAGGAUAUCUAAUGAAUUACAUUGGGAUUCAGUUUUCCUACCAAAACAAUAUAAAUGUAGUAAUUUCCACUUCAUCCAAUAUUGACACCAUCUUUGUCUCAGGACCUGGCUGGCAGUACACGUGUGUUGAUUUGCUUUCUGCCUUGCAAAGAGCAUUCCCUGGGACUAACUAUAUGCUACAGUCACUGCUACUGUACAAGGCAACACCAAACCAAGAUUUCUAUGUGGAUGUCGUUUACAUUGGAAGAAUGGCCACAACAGUAAACAUUAAUGAUGUUAUUACACUGAGAAGACCCCCAGCCUUGGCAAGCAGAGGUGUUUUUGUACAGGAAAUCAUGGUGAACAAAAUCCAGAAACCAGACGCUUCACAGUGGAGAUAUGAAGUUACAGUGACCCCUUACAGCUGCGGAUAUGACUUUCCUCUCAUGCGUAUUGCAUUUGCACAGGCGGUUUCAAACAGCAGUGACGAAGGAGUCAUGUACGGAGGCCCCAGCUGGACAGAAGGGGUAGGCAUCCAGGUGACAAGAACGCAGAGGGCCAGCCCUCCAGUGUCGGGCACCUUUGAUGUGGAGUUCUCCGGGAAGCAGAUUAAAGGCCUGCCAGUGGACGUGUCAGAGUCGGACCUGCAGUAUGCGUUGCAGGGCAUUCCAGAGAUGGGGCAAAUCCGUGUCAGCCGAUGGGGAGACUGCCGAGGAUAUGGAUGGAGAGUGGUCUGGGUCUCCAACCCCGGUGACCAGCCACUCAUUCAGAUUAACAGCUCAUGUAUCGAUGGGAUAACCUGCAGAAUAAACUCUUACGUUGAACAAGAAGGAGGGACUUUUAAAAGCAGCAUUUUGGGUGAUUUUCUGCAUGUGCCUGAGACCAAGCCACAGGUCCAGGUUUACAUCAAUGGCAUCAUGUCAAAGUGCACUGGCGACUGUGGGUUUCAGUGGACCUCCGCAAAGACUCCCGUUGUUUCAGGGAUCAGCCCAACACAAGGAUCGUAUGCUCAGGGGACAGUCCUGACAAUCACAGGCUCUGGCUUCGCCAGUGAAAACGCUUCUGUUUCAGUAGGCGAUGUUCAGUGCCCCAUCCUGGAGGUCAACAGCACCAGCAUCACCUGUAAAGUUGGAAAUGCAAGUGCUGGCACCUACCAAGUCUAUGUCAGCUUUGUAAAACUGGGUUUCACUCAAAACACUGGAGGUGCUGUGUUUAAUUUCACCGUUAACAUGGGGAUCUUUAACUACUCACCUCUUGCUGGCAGUGUUGCAGGAGGAACUGUGCUCACAGUGUCAGGAUAUGGAUUCAGCAAUGCGACACAGGUUCUGAUUGGCUCCAGCGCUUGUUCUGUCAUAUAUGUGUCCUUGGAUGAAGUGAAGUGUAGAACACCACCUGGAACACCUGGUAACGUCACUGUGCUUUUCAAAACUAAUGAAAUAAAUGCAUCAGCCAGUGAUCCCUUCAACUACGAUGAGUUUCUGACACCUUCAAUUACAGAUUUAAGUUUGCAGACCACCAAUGUAAUGGGAAAUGCAAGUCUUUCCAUUAUGGGGAUCAAUUUCAUGGAUGACGCAAACGGCAGUUCUGUCUUUAUUGGAGAUAAGGAAUGCAAAAUACUUGAAUGGACUUCUGACAACAUCACCUGUUCUCUACCAAGGCAUCCACCUGGGAUAUAUAACAUUUAUGUGCAAGUUGGAAACUGGGGUUAUGCCAGUGUGAGUGAUGGAGUGAAUGCUUCUAUAGAAUACGUCUUGAAGGUCACCGAGGUCUCUCCAUUGCAUGGCUCUCUUUAUGGGGGCACAAAAGUCACAGUGACUGGCUCAGGUUUCAGUCCUGUGACAGAUGACAUCCAGAUCUCUAUGGGAAACAUCACAUGCAAAGUGACUUCUGCAUCGGAGCACCACCUGGAAUGCAUCACCCAAGCAAAUGAAAGUAGCUACACUGUAACCAAUCUUGGUUCCCACCCAGACUAUGGGGUUGGAUAUGCCUGGAGCCCAUCUUCUCUGGAUGUGUAUGUUGGAGACACAGUACAGUGGAGCUGGCGGGCCCCUUCUUUAGUCAAAGGGCUUGGAUACAGAGUAUUCAGUGUCUCCACACCCAGUAGCACGAACUAUGAUGGCACUGGUUUCAUCAGUGGAAACGCAAAAACAGCUUCAGGAUUUUUCAGGUAUCGUUUCACGGUGGCUGGGAUCUACUACUACAGCAGUGGCUUUGUAGAUGACCGAAACAGCAGAUUCAUGCAAGGAGUGGUGACAGUCAAACCUAUUGAAGCCAAAAGUGUCCGCUUUUACCUCUCUGUGGGGGGAAUUGAAGCAAAAUACACACCAGCUGCACAGCGUUCAAGAAGGUCAGUGACGGACUGCAUAACCACGACUCCAAACUGCUCUUAUGACCUUAACCCAGGUGCAUCUGGAGAAGCUUUCUCAUUCCUGCUCUCAGACUGUUAUUCUCCUGCCAUCACUGCUAUCUCACCACCCAGUGGGACCGUCUACACUGUCAUAAGCAUACAAGGACUAGGGUUCAGCAACACCAGUUGUGCGAAUGAGGUGACCAUCGGUGGACAUCCCUGCAGUGUUAUCAAUAGCACAACAACAGAAAUCAUGUGCAGUCUUGACCCAGAGAAUGCCAUGCCUGUAGGUGUGGCACAGCUGGUGUCCGUUAGGGUCAACAAUCUGGGCACCGCCAUCAACUCCGUCGUGAACGAGUUCGGCCGUCGCUUCGUUUUCCUGCCAGUCAUCGACUCCAUCAGCCCGGAGGCUGGAGCCACCACAGGACGAACGAGAGUGACCAUACUAGGAUCGGGCUUCUCGGGCUCAGCCAAUAGCGUCAUGGUGUCUGUAGCCAGCGUGCCCUGCUCAGUGGUGUCGGUGAACUACACGGCCAUCACCUGCGACACCUCUCCCUCUACCGCCCGCACGGGGGCCAUGCAGGUGUCCGUGCUCGGAGUCUCCGCCUCCUGCCAUUCCAGCUGCGCCUUUGAGUACUCCUCUUCCUCCGUGCCCUCCGUUUCCAGCGUCUCACCGGACAGCAUCAACGGCAGCUCAACGACGCUGACGAUCCAAGGAUCGGGCUUCGGGAGCCAGGCCGAGGAUGUGGUGGUGCUCAUCGGGAGCGCCCCGUUUGCGGCGAGUGACGUCGCCGACACGAACAUCACCUGUUCCAUCGGGCGGAACACCAUAGUGAAUAUUCAAGUCCUCUCGGUCAGCUACCCUGCUCUGCGCUUUGUGUACUCCCAGUCAGAUACUCCAAGGAUCACUGCAGUGAGUCCUCAGACAGGUCCCAGCGGAACAGAAAUCACCAUUACAGGGUCAGGAUUCGGCACGGAUCUUCAGCCCAUCUCUGUGACCAUAGACGGUGUACCCUGCAAUGUCUCAGCAGUAACUGAUACCCAGAUUCUGUGCUCUGUGGGAAACCACGCUGGGGGCACUUUUCUAGUUAAUCUCCUCCAUGGCUUAAAGGGCUUUGCUGCUUCACAAGCUUUCUUCACAUAUGAGCUGCUGCUCACUGGAGUGACUCCAAAUGAAGGAAGCUAUGGUGGAGGUUCCAUUCUGACUGUACAAGGUUCCGGAUUUGAUCCAGCGCAUUCGAGAGUGCUGAUCUGCAACAAGGACUGUGAGAUACUGAGGCAGAAUUCAACUUUCAGCAGCCUUUACUGCGAAGUUCCACCCAAUAAUGGAACUGGAGCACAACAGGAUUGCCCUGUAGUGGUUCUCAAUAGCAACAAAGCAGUGAACAUAUCAAAUGGCUUCUCUUACAAAACCUCCCUGACACCUGUAAUUACGGGGGUGUCUCCACGGAGAGGAGGAACUGCAGGAGGCACCAGACUCACCAUCACCGGCUCCAAUUUCAGUUCGAACAGCAGUGACAUUAAAGUCACAAUUGCCCAGUCGCCUUGCGAUGUGCAGUCUGCAAACAGCACGUGCAUCAUCUGUGUCACAAAUUCCCAGCCCAGCUCACAAAUGGCAAAAGUUAAAGUGGGCAUCGGAAAUAAUGGAAUAGCCAAGCUGGACAAUGCAGAUUUCUUUUACAUUGAUGUCUGGUCCUCCAAAUACACGUGGGGAGGGCUCUCACCCCCCGAAGAAGGAACAUUCGCUGUAAUCACCAAAGGACAAACAAUCCUGCUGGAUACAAGCACGCCUGUACUAAAGAUGCUCCUCAUUCAAGGUGGGAUGUUGGUGUUUGAUGAAGCUGAUAUUGAACUUCAAGCCGAAAAUAUUCUGAUCACAGAUGGGGGAGUUCUUCAGAUCGGCACUGAAGCGGCCCCAUUCCAACACAAAGCCAUCAUCACGCUCCACGGACACCUGCGCUCACAGGAGCUGCCAGUAUAUGGCGCUAAAACGCUGGCAGUCAGAGAGGGAAUCCUGGACCUCCAUGGAAUUCCUGUUCCUGUUACUUGGACUCGGUUGGCACAGACAGCUCCUAGUGGCUCAGUCACAUUGACUUUGCAGCACAAUGUGACGUGGAAAGCAGGGGAUGAAAUUGUUAUAGCAUCAACUGGACACAGGCAUAGCCAAAUUGAAAAUGAGGUCAAGAAAAUCGCAUCUGUAUCUGCUGAUGGAAGGACACUGACCCUGACAGAGCCCUUGAAGUACAGACAUUUAGGGGUGUCGGUCACCCUGCCAGAUGGAACAGUUUUUGAAGGGAGAGCAGAAGUUGGUCUUCUCACCAGAAACAUUGUUGUCAGGGGUUCCAAUAACAUUGAAUGGAAUGACAAAAUAGAGGCCUGUGAAGAUGGAUUUGACACAGGCGAAUUCGCUACCCAGACGUGUUUCCAGGGAAGAUUUGGAGAAGAAGUAGGAAGUGAUCAAUUUGGUGGUUGCAUUAUGUUCCAUGCACCUAGGCCAAGUGAAAACUUGGCAAUUGGAAGGAUUGAGUAUGUUGAGGUAUUCCAUGCUGGACAGGCCUUCAGGCUUGGACGUUACCCAAUACACUGGCACCUGAUGGGAGACAUGAAGUUCAAGUCCUAUGUUAGAGGAUGUGGAAUUCACCAAACGUACAACAGGGCUGUCACCAUUCACAACACACACAACCUGCUGGUGGAAAAAAAUGUCAUCUACGACAUCAUGGGAGGCGCCUUCUUCAUUGAAGAUGGGAUCGAGACUGGCAACGUCCUCCAGUACAACCUCGCGGUCUUUGUCCGCCAGAGUACCAGUCUCCUGAAUGACGAUGUCACGCCAGCGGCAUUCUGGGCCCCAUUUCAUGUGUCUCCAGGGAAUCGUAACCACAAGGUGGUGCCCCGGAGUGGCCUCCUGGACCCGUUGCACUGUACAGAAAAAGCCGAGUGGAGUGUGGGAUAUCCCGGAGCCGUGUGUGAUGCCACAGUGAGCUUCCAUCGGCUCGCCCUCAACAACCCCAGCCCUUCCUCUCUUCUGGCAAAGAACAUAAUCCUGUCCAACUCCCACGGCAUCAGUGUGGUUCCUUACUUAGUGAAAAGACUGACCCACAGACCUGGCUGGAUGGCUUUGCUUCCUAACUCAGACACCUUCAAUUGGCGCUUUGAACAAGAGGAUCAUAUCACAGACAUUUCAUACAGUUCCAUGUUUUAUGGCUUCAAGGAAGCAGACUACGUAAUAAUUUCCCACAAUCUGACUCAGCAUCCAGAUAUGUUCCGUAUCAUUGAUAUAAGAAACGGAUCAUCACAGCCUCUGAAUUUCACCAACAAUAAAAAUGGAGACUGGUACUUCGAUGACAAUACAACAACUGUUUAUUACAUGGUGUCCGGGAAGAAAAACACAAGGAGAAAACGUUCAUUCAGUGUGGAUCCCACGGAGUCAGACAUUGAUGUGGAGUUUGCAGUGUACAGAUGCUUCUUUCGAAACUGCAAUCCAGGUCCUUCAGGUCCUUCAGGUCCUUCAGGUCCUUCAGGUCCUUCUGAACCAAACAGCCCAGGCCAGGCUGUGCUCCCAAGACCUGCUAAUGGUUAUGUCUUUUGGUCCAAUGAGUCCUUCUGGAAUUCUUCUGCAGAAAACAACUUUGCUGUACCAAAGGAAGGAGCAGAUGUGGUGAUUCCUGCUGGGAUAUGGAUGGUUCUAGAUAUUGACAUUCCAUCAUUUAACCGAAUCACUGUGUACGGAGUUCUGGAAUUGCCUGACAACAUAACUGCUCCAUCUGCACCUGCUGCAAAUACUACCUCCACGUUUAGGAAGAUCAUUCUAAAUGCAACUUAUAUAUCAAUUCAGGGUGGCAGGCUCAUUGCAGGGUGGAGUGAUCAACCUUUUAGAGGUGAACUGCAAAUAGUCUUGAGAGGGAAUCAUUUCACUCCUGACUGGCCUUUGCCAAAUGGCCCCAAUCAGGGAGCGAAGGUGUUGGGUGUCUUCGGCACACUGCAACUCCAUGGGCUGCCUCGGUCUGUGUACCACACAAAGCUGGCUGCCUCAGCAGGAGCAGGGUCUUUCAACAUAUUGCUAGAGGAGUCUGUGGACUGGCAGGUGGAUGAUGAUCUAGUAAUCACAACAACCAGUUAUGACACCUGGCAAACUGAAAUCAGAAAGAUUGCAAUGAUUUCAGCUGAUGGACGGAAUGUGACAUUAAACCAGUCUCUUUCAUAUACGCACAUUGCUGAGACAGUCAAUGUAUCAGAAACUGGCCAGCAGUAUAGACUUGCUGCAGACGUUGGCCUUCUCAGUCGGAACAUUAAGAUCAUUGGUCAAGACUACCCUGGGUGGUACCAGGAAUCUUUUGGAGCCAGAGUUCUGGUCGGUUCAUUCUCGAAUGGAGUGUAUGUGUAUAAAGGAAAUGCCCAAAUCAGGAACGUGGAGUUCUACCACACUGGACAGGAGGGCUAUCAAGACUCCUUUGACCCAAGAUACUCAGUGGCAUUCUUGGAUCUGGGACAGGUAUCAGCCAAUGAUUCCUAUGUUCAAGGCUGUUCAUUCCAUCAUGGCUUUUCCCCAGCUAUUGGUGUCUUCGGAACUGAUGGGAUGAAUAUAGAUGACAAUGUCAUUUAUUUCACAGUAGGAGAAGGUAUCCGAGUUUGGGGGAGUAAUAUCAAAGUCAGGAGGAAUCUGGUGACUGUGGCGGUGUGGCCUGGGAGCUAUCAAGACAGAGAGGAGACGCUGAAUUCUCUGUGGCAUGCUGCCAUUGAAGUUAAUGAAGGAAUGAAUAUCGUGCUUCAGGACAACAUUGUGGCUGGGUUUGAGAGAGUGGCAUAUCAUAUUAACGGAGAACCUUGUCCAGGAACAUUCAAUCCGGUUGAAAGCUGGCACGGCAAUGAGGCUCAUGGGGGACUGUAUGGGGUGUACAUGAACAAAGAUGGUCUUGCCAGCUGCUCUCUCAUUCAAGGCUUCACAGUCUGGAAGUGCUGGGACUAUGGCAUCUAUUUCCAGACGGUAAUGAGCAUCCAAAUCUCGGAUGUCACAUUAGUAGACAACGGAAUGGGAGUUCUCCCGAUCAUAUACACCCCCCCCUCAGUGUCACAUCAGUACUCUGACAAAACCGUUCAGAUCCAGAACUCUCUGAUAGUGGGAAGUAGCCCUAACUUCGAUUGCUCUGAGGUCCUUACCAGCAGCGAUGCCAAUGUGAAGCUCAGUAUGAGUCACAGGGCUCCAAGGCCUCUAACAGGUGGGAGAAGUGGAUUUUGUUGGCCAACUUUCGCCUCUGAUCACAAUAUGGCACCAGGAAAACCUCAUGCAGGACUGAUGAGCUACAAUGCUAUCAGUGGGCUCAUGACCGUGACCAAUACCACACUUGUGGGAUUUAAGAGUGUCUGCUCAAAAGAGAUGAAUGUGAUGUUCAUGACCAAUCCUGGAAAUGAAGACUUACAGCACCCAGUUCACGUGCAAGGAUUGAGAAUGGUCGACUACAUGGAGACUGCCAAGGUUUUCAUACAUAGACCUGACCUGAGCAAGGUCAAUCCUUCUGACUGUGUGGAUAUGGACUGUGAUGCAAAAAAGAAAGCUCUGCUCAAAGACCUGGAUGGCUCCUUCCUUGGGCAAGUGGGUGCUGUGGUUCCCCAGUCGGAGUACGAGUGGAAUGGAGACAAGCGUCGAGGUUUGGGAGAUUACAGGAUUCCCAAAAUAAUGCUCACUUUCCUGAAUGGCAGCCGGAUACCAGUUAGCCAAGUGGCACCCUAUAAAGGAAUAAUCAGGGACGCCAAUUGCACAUACAUGAGUGACUGGCAGAGCUACAAAUGCUUCGGUCUCAACUAUGAGAUGUUGGCAAUUGAAAGCCUUGAUGCCGACACAGAGACCAGACGCCUGUCGCCAGUGGCUGUACUGGGGGAUCGUUACAUUGAUCUCAUAAACGGCCCUCAGGAUCAUGGCUGGUGUGCAGGAUAUACAUGUCAGAAAAGAGUCUCUCUUUUCCACAGCAUUGUGGCCAGCAAUAAGUCAUUUGACAUCUAUUUCACCAGCACCACCCCUCAGAAUCUUCGCUUCAUGCUUCUCAAUGCUGACAGCACUAAAGCUGUUCGUGUGGCAGUGUUUUAUUCCAGUCCUCAACGUUUGGAUGUUUACGUGCAAAAUAACCUGGUGGCACCAACGAACGCAAAGUGGAAUGCUGACCACACGGACUACACCUUAGAAGAGCCUCUUUACCCAGGGCACUACAUCCCACAAAUGGAUUCAAUGGUCUAUGGAGACAACUUCUUUGAGAGCACCUACAAGAUGCUUAAUAUUUUAGUGAGAGGGUCCACUCCGGUGGAGAUCCGCACCUCUCCUCUUCUGUUCAUCUCCUUCCGGUUGCCUGCAAUGACCGUUGACGAGUUCUACGGGGACAAACUGGUGCAAAACCUGGCCCUGUUUCUCAAAGUCCCGCCAGGAAUGAUCCGAAUCACCAAGGUGGUGAGGGAAGACAGCAGGCGGCGCAAACGAGCCGCGGGACUAUCCGUCCAAGUGCAGAUCAGUCAGCCGCCAUCUCAAAAUCUAACCAACAGUUCCACCACACAGCAACAACAAUUUGACACGUUGAAAAACAUUGCCGAUAGUUUAGCCCAGGCAUCGAUCUCGGGAAACCUGAGCCAGUCUAUCCAGUUCAAUGUUUCGUCCAUUGGAGUCAUCCCUCCAGUACCUCCAUCUACAGACAGCUCCUGGAGCCAGGUUGCUACACAAGACGUUAGCAGAACAGAUCCUAGUGUGAGUUAUGUGUCGGCUGUCUCUGCUCUGGUUGUGGUGGUUCAUCCAAUAGCUGGAGGGAAUGGAGAGCUUCUGAGCCAACAACCUGCAGUCAUGGCCGUAGAUUCUAAUGGCAACUGUGUGUCUGUAGGAGUCACGUCUUUCACCCUUACUGCAGUACUCACAGCCUCUACUGGUGCAAGCAUUUCAGGACUGAAUGGGAACACCACUGUCCUCUUCAGCAGCUGCUGGGCUAACUACACCGACCUCUCCCUCAAUGCAACUGGCACAGACCUGAAGCUCACCUUCACUAUGAAUCAAGUGUCUGCGCAGUCAAGAUCCUUUGGCGUCAAAGCAGUCGCUGCUACUACGGCCACAUCAAACUCCACCCAGACCACCACACUGAACUCCAGCCCAUGUGUGAAAGCAAGCACUCUGUACUUGCUUGUAGUUAUCUGUUGUCUCAAACUACUGCUUUCUGGACUUGAAUCCUAGUCCUACAGUUAAUAUUCUGUGUGGAAGACAAAAGAUUCUCUUUUUCAAAAUAUAUAUAUUUAAAAAUAUAUAAAUAUAUAGUAUAUAUUAACUAUUUACUUCUACAAACAUCGAUAAUUUAAAUGUCACUGCAAAUUAAAUCUCAUAUUUACAUUAUAGAUGACUUCUUUAUGUUUAAAUGUGAUAUACAUAUUUUGACUCUGAAAAAUGAAUGUAGUAUUGGUACCUAAUCUUUUGCCUUUUGUCUUUUUAGAUAAGUUUGAUAUUGACUUUUUUUUUUUGCUUGAUUGAAAGUUUCUCUGCUCAAUAUAAUCAAAUAAAAAAUAAAGA